AUGGCACUGAGUUCGCACAAGUAACUUCUGGUGUUGUGUUGGACCAUAGUUUUGUCAGCUAGAUCGAAUGAAGAGGAAAAACUGCUGAAUACAUUGUUGGGCAAUUAUGAUAAGAGAAUACGUCCUGCCAAGUUUUAUGGUGAUAUCAUCGAUGUGACUCUGAAACUUACAUUAACCAAUCUCAUCUCAUUGAAAGAAAAGGAGGAAACACUUACCACAAAUGUAUGGAUUGAAAUUCAAUGGAAAGAUUAUCGAUUAUCUUGGAACAGUUCUAAUUACGCAGGCAUUGAUCUGGUAAGAAUCCCUUCCCAGCAGAUCUGGCUUCCUGAGAUCGUCCUUGAGAACAACAUUGACGGUGGGUUUGAAAUUGCUUACUAUGCUAAUGUUCUGGUCUCCAGUGAUGGCAGUAUUUAUUGGCUGCCACCUGCUAUCUAUCGAAGUGCCUGUCCAAUUACUGUGACGUACUUUCCCUUCGAUUGGCAAAACUGUUCCCUUGUUUUCAGAUCCCAGGCAUACAAUGCCCGUGAAAUUAACUUGGAGUUAUCAGAAGAGGACGGAACGCUGAUCGAGUGGAUCCAUAUAGAUCCUGAAGAUUUCACUGAAAACGGAGAGUGGACGAUAAAACACAAACCAGCAAAGAGGCACAUUAACAGUCAGUUCUCAAUGGACGAUAUUGAGUACCAGGAGAUUAUUUUCUUCUUGAUCAUCCAGAGGAAACCACUGUUCUAUGUCAUUAACAUCAUUAUUCCCUGUGUCCUCAUUUCAUCACUGGUAGUCCUGGUCUACUUCCUACCAGCGCAAGCUGGCUGUCAAAAAUGUACACUUUCCAUCUCUGUGCUGCUGGCCCAGACUGUCUUUCUGUUUUUGAUUGCACAGAAGAUUCCAGAAACAUCAUUAAAUGUUCCACUCAUUGGAAAAUAUUUAAUAUUUGUAAUGAUUGUCUGUACUUUGAUUGUAACAAACUGUGUCAUAGUCCUAAAUGUCUCCUUGAGGACACCGAACACCCACAGCAUGUCUGAGAAGAUCAAACAAGUCUUCCUGGAGCUUCUGCCUCAGUAUUUGGGCAUGCACUUGGAGUCUCCUGAGGAUUCCUUGGACACACACCAACCAAGGCGCAGGAGCUCCUUUGGGAUUAUGAUAAAAGCGGAGGAAUAUAUUCUCAAAAAACCACGGAGCGAACUGAUGUUUGAAAGACAGCGAGAUAGGCAUGGACUGAAGAGAGUGAACAAGGCAUCUGCAGGUUCAGACAUUGAUAUUGGAACCACAGUUGACCUGUACAGAAACCUGGCUCACUUUGCCCCAGAGAUAAAAACCUGUGUUGAUGCCUGUAACUUUAUUGCCAAAAGCACAAAAGAACUGAAUGAUUUUGGAUCUGAGAAUGAAAACUGGAUUCUGAUUGGAAAGGUUAUCGACAAGGCUUGUUUCUGGAUUGCACUUCUCCUCUUUAGCAUUGGCACUGUGACAAUCUUCCUCACAGGGCACUUCAACCAAGCACCAGAAUUCCCGUUUCCUGGAGAUCCGAGGAAAUACAAACCAGAUUAAUGUGCACCCCACUUUGAAUCCAUUUCCUUCCUAAUUCUAAUUGGGAACCUCAAACAUUUUUGAUCUGUUUUACUUUUAAUC